AUGGAGUAUGACAAUUGCAGAUUCCACUCGCUGCACCACACGCAGUUCCGGACCAACUGCUCCCUCUUUAUGCCCUUGUAUGACUACAUUUACGGCACAAUGGAUGAAACCACAGAUACAUUGUACGAGAAGUCUCUAGAAAGAGGAGAAGAUAAAGUGGAUGUGGUGCACUUAACUCACUUAACGACGCCAGAGUCCAUAUACCAUUUGCGCAUUGGCUUGGCCUCAUUUGCCUCCUACCCUUUCUCUUAUAGAUGGUUCAUGCGCCUCUUGUGGCCUUUCACCUCACUCUCCAUGAUCUUCACGCUCUUCUACGCCCGCCUCUUUGUCGCUGAGAGAAAUUCCUUCAAGAAACUCAACUUGCAGUCUUGGAUGAUACCCAGAUAUAAUCUACAGUACUUGUUAAAAUGGAGGAAAGACGCGAUCAACACCAUGAUUGAGAAAGCGAUAUUGGAGGCAGAUAAAAAAGGAGUGAAGGUGCUUAGCCUGGGUCUCAUGAACCAAGGGGAGGAGCUGAACAGGAAUGGAGAGGUGUAUAUCUACAAGCAUCCAGAUGUGAAAGUAAGAGUGGUGGACGGCAGUAGAUUAGCAGCAGCCGUUGUGAUUAAUAGUGUAUCCAAAGCUACUAAAAACGUCGUGAUAACAGGCCAUCUCACUAAGGUCGCCUACACCAUAGCCUCUGCUCUCUGCCAGAGAGGCGUUCAGGUCUCCACUCUCCGCCUAGACGAGUGCGAGAAACUAAGAUCAUGUGUUCCACUAGAAUACAGAGACCAUUUGGUCUACCAAACCUCUGAAGCACUUUCAUCAAACAAGGUAUGGCUGGUGGGAGAAGGAACAACUAGAGAAGAGCAGGAAAAAGCCACAAAAGGAACAUUGUUUAUACCAUUCUCACAGUUCCCCCUCAAGCAGUUACGUAAAGAUUGUAUCUAUCAUACCACACCGGCCUUGAUAGUUCCAAAAUCUCUGGCAAAUAUCCACUCCUGUGAGAACUGGUUACCAAGAAAGGCGAUGAGUGCAACUAGAGUGGCCGGCAUAUUGCACGCCUUAGAAGGAUGGGAAAUGCAUGAGUGUGGCACAUCUCUUCUUCCCUCCGAUUUGGACCAAGUAUGGGAAGCCUGUCUCAGCCACGGCUUCCAGCCUCUCCUCCUUCCACAUCAUUAAAACUCCAACCGGACAAUGAAACAUUUUAGGAAAGUGAGAACGUCACACGUUGUGUGCUUCUAUUUCCUUUGAUCCAGCUCUUCCACAAUCCAUGAAAUAUGGAACAUAUAUAAUUUGCAAACAUCGUAUGAUUUACGUAUUUUUAUGCAUAUCAAGCUUUUGGUGAUUAUGAUAUUGAUGUACAAUUAAGCUUGGUUUAUUAUGGUAUUAAUAAGAGUACUAUUUCCUUUUUUU